GGCGCGUCUUGCUGUCAUGUUGAUCACCGAUGUAUCGAGUCGCCUGGGGGAAUUCAUGCUCAAAGGAUGGGUCCUUACAGAUAUUCCCUGUACUACGAAAGGUUGUAAAGUACCCCUCAUGCGUUCACCUAACGGCGUAACACCUGUCGUCCACUUCUGUGCAAACUGUCAAGAGAAUCCUGAAUCUUCUCGCUCCCAAUCGGAGACAUCAUCGAGCUCAGCACUUUCAAGAUCUCGACCUUCCACACCUCCCACAGAACUGUCUAGUGAGCCAAGUUCGCCGACAUUUGAUCUUCCUCCAGAAACCCCAGAAAGCGUACGGCGUCGUGAACAAUCAGACAGGGCAUCAGCGGAAAUCGGAAACCGUUUACUCAAAGGAUGGGUAAUGUUAGCCGAGGAAUGUCCCAAUAACCAAUGUUUCGGUGUACCUCUCGUGCGCCCUCCAAAGCCAGGAGGAGAGAAAGAUACGAGAAAGGAAUGUGUCAUCUGUGGCGGCGUGUACACCACAGAAUGUGAUCGGGCUGGAAGAGAACGAUUAGUCCCUGUUUCUACCGAGGACCUUCUCGAAGUGACCCCACAUCCUGAAACCUCGAACCUUAGGACCACACUAUCCGCUGAGAUUGACGUGGCAAAAAGGGAAACGGUUGUCUUUACACCGUCGGUCUUCCCAAAUGCUACAUCCAUGAAGGAUUCACAUGCCGGUUCUCAAGUGACCUCAAGUUCAACCUUGGACGUCUGUGCAACCUCGCUCGAAAACACCUUGUUAUCCUUGUCGCAUCGACUAGAUUCUCUUUCAAAUCCCUCUCUUGGGGUUAUCAUCGAUCCCCUCUCCAUAUCUUCUCUCGCUGAAAGUAUCUCGAAAACGACACAAGCACUAACACACGUGAAGGAAUUACAAUGGAAAGAAACGGGCAUGACCAUGAGAAACACGGCAAGUUUAAACAAUAGGUCGUAAUCACAGAUGAAGGAAGCCUAAGUAUGAUCACGCGACUACGUUUCUGCCUACUCGACUGGCCGUGAACCAUAUCGAUUUCAUCCCUACUGAGUUUCAGAGUACCU